UGUGGUUCAAUAAACGGUUUUAAUCCGUCCAUCAGGUGGUGUUUUUUUGUUUUCAGACCUCAGUCAUCAUUCACCAUCAGCCUCAAGUCCACAGCUGUGAAGGACUCAUGUUUCCACCCGUCCAGUCUGAAUGUUAUCGGUGACCAGCAGCAGCUGCUCGGUCAUUUAUUAAUCUGUUGGUGAUAAAAGCAGGUGAGAACCCUCAGACUGUCAUCAGAUUCCUGCGGCAGAACUCAGAAAAACUCCAGCUAACAUACAUCACAGUUCACAUCCCAGCAGCAGCUCAACUCUGGCUAUGAAGCUGCUGUCAGCUCUUCUCCUCCUGCUGGUUCCUCUGUUGGCCAGCAGUCAGAUUUUGGACUGCAACGACGUUUAUCUUCAGAAUCCCAGCAGGCCCAGUGGAGUUUACACCACCUAUCCCACCGGAUCCACAUCAGGUAUCCAGGUUUACUGUGACAUGGACUCACAUGGAGGAAGAUGGACCGUGUUCCAGAGAAGGAUGGACGGCACGGUAAACUUCUACAGGAACUGGAAUGACUACAAGUUGGGCUUUGGGAACGCCGAUGGAGAGUACUGGCUUGGUCUGGAGAACAUCUACUCCCUCACUCAGAAGAAACCGUAUGAGCUGGUAGUGGACAUGGAGGACUUUGAAGGAAACAAGGUGUAUGCUCGCUACACCUCAUUCAGUGUGGGUCCCGAGUCCGAUGGGUAUCGUCUAAACGUGGGUGGUUUCAUCAAUGGAGGAGCAGGAAACUCUCUGGGACAAUUCAAUGGAAAUAACUGGCAAACCUUUGACCAUUACCAGCACGCCGGGCCCGAAAACUGUGCAAGGCUUUUUCUGGGAGCCUUCUGGUACUGGAGGUGCUACUAUGGAAACCCAAACGGGGUCUACAUCUGGGGCGCUAAUGGAUCUAACUAUGAGGUUGGAGUAAUCUGGUACCACUGGAAGGCCCAGUACAAUCAGCCCGACUAUUCUCUGAAGGCCAUCAGCAUGAAGAUCCGCCCUGUUCAGUAAAUCAGCAGCUCAGAACUCCAACAGGAAGCUGUCACAUCCAACAUGAAUAUUUGACAAUAAAGGCUGAACAGAUCA